CAGCAGUCCCACCCCGCGCAUCUGCGAGUCAACAACAGCAGGCGCAAGUUGCAGUGCGCUUUUGCACCCGGCUGGUCUGCAAACAUCACCGGUGCACCACCCAAACAGGACUAGCGCCACUUCCCGUCACGCACGCUCCUUCCUUGCUCACACCGCGUGCCUGCUGCAAUCAGUAACCCGCACCGCCCUGUCACAUAUAACCGGAUUCCCCCAGAGCCCCCUCCGCUGCCUUCUCCGCCUAUUCCUCUCUCCACCAUACACGACGCGACUUUUACCAUCACACACUCCAAUCCCAACCUUCAUCACAUAACCACACUACCACAUCUCUCAAGAUGACUGGACGCGGCAAGGGCGGCAAGGGUCUCGGCAAGGGCGGUGCCAAGCGUCACCGCAAGAUUCUUCGUGACAACAUUCAGGGCAUCACCAAGCCCGCUAUCAGACGUCUCGCCCGUCGUGGCGGUGUCAAGCGUAUCUCUGCCAUGAUUUACGAGGAGACCCGUGGAGUCCUCAAGUCCUUCCUCGAGGGUGUCAUUCGUGAUGCCGUUACCUACACUGAGCACGCUAAGCGCAAGACCGUUACAUCUCUUGAUGUUGUCUACGCUCUCAAGCGCCAGGGCCGCACCCUGUACGGUUUCGGCGGUUAAGCGCAAUACAACAUCGCGUCGCCCUAUACUUGGUUGCCUUGGCACUGAACAUAAUACCAGUACCCAACUAGACAUACGAGAUACGGCGCAGCAUGAGGAUAUUUGGGUUCUGGGACGUUUGACAUUAUGGCAUGAUACACACAUUCAGUACUGGCGUUGGUGUUUGAUAAUUUUACAACAAUACAAUCAGCCCCAUGAACGGGCGUGCUACCACA